AUGGAAUCCAUCUCUAAGCUGCUCAAAAUCACCGAAAGCUGUGGAGGACCGAUCCCAACACAUGAAUCCUUGGCUCGCCUUCGCGCUCUUAUAGCUCUAAAAGUUAGGAACACUGUGGAUCUUGAUGCUUAUUCUCCUCCUCAAGAGCUUCUUCAAAUUCUUCCCCCAAAGUCUACCAUUAGAGGAUCAGAUUGUGGUCCCCAAAUUGGACCCAAUAAUCCUAAGUUCAUUUUGUUGAGGGUUCUGUCUCAGAGGCAGCCAAGUUUCUGGGGUAUACAAUUACAAAUAUUCUCUACACUUUUCUUUGUAAUUAGGCACGUUAGCAAUGUUAUCUUCUAA